AUGUCGAAAUCCCGUGAGCCCGAGAAGCCCGUCUCCUCUGAAACCUUUUCUGGCGAGGAGGAAACCGACGAUUCCUCGUCUGAGGAAAUCGAAUCUGAGCCAGAACCGAUCCGCAGGUCUUCCCCACCGCCGGCGGCCGCCAGGAAACCCCAUACCCCGUCUGGCACAAAGCCCGCCCCACCCGACGAGGAUUCUGGAUCCGAAUCCGAAUCCGAAUCCGACAAGAAGUCCAGAAAGAAUUCCACGAGAAAGAGGGCAGUCGAGGAGGUUAAGGGGACGGAGCCCACGGUUACCAAGAAGUCGAAGAACAGCAAGGAGGCUGAGCCAGAGGCAUCAGAGAAGAAACAGUUGUUCCAGAGGAUAUGGAGCGAGUCCGACGAGAUCCGCCUCCUCAACGGAAUUAUGCAGUUUAGGGCCGAGAAGAAAUCCGACCCGCAUGAUAAUAUGGACGCCUUUCUUGCCUUCAUCAAGAAGGAUUUGCACAUUGACGUGACGAAAACCCAGAUGAGGAAAAAGAUUUCUAGGAUGAAAGAAAAGUACACAAACAACAAGCGCAAGGAGCAGGAAGGUAAAGGAAGAGCCUUUACGAGCCAGCAUGAGCAGGAAGCCUAUGAUCUGUCGGAGAAAGUGUGGGGGGCUGAGAAAGAAAACAGGGUCGAAAAAGCCAAUGGCAGUGGGCCUAAGAAAGAAAACAGGGUCGAAAAAGCCAAUGGCAGCAGGGCUGAGAAAGAAAACAUGGUCGAAAAAGCCAAUGGCAGUAUGGCUGAGAAAGAAAAUGGGUUUGAAAAAGCCAAUGGAAGUGAAUCAGACCCCAAUAAUAUUAAGGAUUCAAUGGCUAGUGAGAGGAGGUUUGUGCAGACGAAGGCAAGGUUGUUGAGUGGUUUAGACGAGAAUCUUCCAGCUGUUGGGGACCUCAAGCUCGAGGAGGGGGAAAUGGGGGUUAAGGAGUACGAAGAAGCAUGGAAGAAGCUCGAGAAUGAAGAGAUGGAGGUCAAUGUGAGGUAUUUUGAGGUCAUGACUCAACACUCAAAGCUUCUUCUGCAGAUCAUGAAGUCCCGGAGCCAUUGA